CCAACUCAAAGGGUGGACAGCGGGGAGAAUCCUUGGAGGACAGCUCACACAGGCUGAAGAGAGAGAAAAGAGCACACAAAAGAUGGGCUAUCAGAUUACCAUGUGCGAAAGAGAAAGGUAAUCCUAUUACCCCUAAGCCUAAUAAAUCCAGAGCCUCAGAGGUAGGGUGGAUCAGUGUAUUCUCAGAGGAGAGCACAUGAAGGGGCUGACCACCGAGCGCCAGAUAUCGCUACGUCUGGAUAUGUGAAAACUGCUUGCAUAAGGUGGUUCUAGAAUUCCUCCUUUCACCUGGCGUCACGUAGAUCUUUUCCACUUUGCCUGUGAGUCUACUGGAGCCAAAGAGGUUCCGAGCUCGCCAUGAAUCUUGAACCAGUUAAGGCCGAGAUCAAAUCUGCCACACGUGUGACUGGGGGACCCGCAACCCCAAGGAAAGGACCACCAAAAUUUAAGCAACGACAGACCAGGCAGUUCAAGAGUAAACCUCCAAAGAAAGGAGUUCAGGGAUUUGGUGAUGACAUCCCUGGAAUGGAAGGUCUAGGAACAGACAUCACCGUCAUCUGCCCCUGGGAAGCCUUCAACCACUUGGAGCUGCACGAACUGGCCCAGUACGGCAUCAUCUAGAGACCCCGGCGGCCAUGUUGGUCAAGCCUGUUUUUUUUUAUUUCCUGGCCGGUCACAGAGAUGUAGUGUGUGUAGGAUUUGGUACAAGACAAGGGUGCCCAACUCUGCUUCUUUGAGGUCUCGGUUGUGAACUGCUGGCUUUCUCCCCUGGCAAAACCAAAAACUUGUACACACACUGCAACAACUACCCCAACCAAUAGAGAUCUCUGUCAUGUCCGCCAUGUUGUACAAUACACUCCAGGCAUCCUGGAAGAAUGAUCAUGUAAACCUCCACAUUUCAUGAGAUUUCUAUCAAUUUACCGUGUACACCCCUUCCUAUGUUUCUCUUUUUGCCAAUGUUUCACCGGUUGCCCCUAAAUUCCUUAUUGUCCAUCUGCUACCACUCCUAGCAUUAUUACUGUGUGAUAGCUACAACAUAUAGCGUCUGGGAAUAAAUUAUAUUUUCAC